AUGGCGACUCAAUAUGAAGUCGAGCACAACAUAAAGGCCUCCGCGGCCGCCCCAGCCCGCCGCCGCCAAAUCGAUAUGUCUACAUUCGCCGCCCACCUCGACAACCUCCUCCCCGACUCCUCCUCCACAUCCCAAUCCCACCACGAGCCCCACAACAACCCGCACGCCGUCCCCAACCCCUCCGACACCUCUGCACUCUUCCGCCUCCUCCAAGACCAAAUGGGCACCCUCGCGACCACCGCCCCUACCGACACCAACCGCGCCUUCCUAGAAUCUCUCGUCGACGCCCUCGAGCUAGACAUUGCGCGCCCGCCACAACAGAUCGAAGGCGUCACGCAGGAGUUUCUCGACGGGUUGGACCGCGUGCCGCGGAAAACGCUGAAGGGGAAGGAGGCCGGGGAGGAUGCGGACACGUGUCCGAUCUGUGCGGAGCGGUAUCUGGAUGAUCAGUAUUGUUUGGUUGUGGAGCUGCCGUGUAAGGGACGGCAUCGGUUUGAUUUGGAGUGUGUUGGGCCGUGGUUGAGGGGGAAGGGUACGUGUCCGAUGUGUCGGGCUGAGAUGGGGAAGAGGAAGGUGGUGGUGGAAGAGAAGAAAAAGGAGGAGGGGGAUGAGGAGGAGGAUGAUAUGGAUGGGUUGUAUGCGUGA